AGUAGCAUUGUUAUUGAUUCUCUUCUGUUACGAGGUUUUUGAAUUUUCUUUUUUUUUUUUUUUCUUUUUUUUUCCUUCUCUUUUUUCCCGAACGGCGCCGAACUUUCGAGACAUGAACCUCUGGGCAAUGCAAUUGGAACGAGGAUGAAUUACUAAUAAAUUCUGUCUGUGUUUUAGGUAUCGAGAUAAAUAGCUGCCCAGAAUGUUGGCUAUAACUUGACCAAUAUAUAGCUGUCUAACGUCAACUCAUGAUAUCAUAAUCAUAUUCGUAUAUCUAGUUUUACUUCUAAUAUGUAAAUUAACCCCAAAUCAUAACACCAAACUUCAUCCACUUCCUUCUUAAUAAGUGUGGCUUGAAGAGGGAUUCAAGGACUAGAAAGACUCUAAGCUUCAAAUGAACUUUCUUGAAGGCUUUUGUGUGUGUUUAUAGAUGACCCCGAUGAGAUCUCCUCAAGUCGCAUCUGAUUGGCCUUCAUCCUAGUCUUCCAAUCUCUACAACCUUUUCCCACUUGAAAAUACGAACCAGACAGCUUUAAUUUGCAUCACCCACAGUAGGUCGUGGAUUGCUUGCUUCCAGGGUAUCAAUUAAAACAUCCAGAGACUGGCUCUGAAACUUCAAGGAUUUUUGGUCUGCCUGCUGGGAUUGCCUAUGUAUGAUUUACUUUGCUACGACAACAGUUAUUACAUCAUCAUUAUCAAUAUCGGGCAGAUCCGACAACUGUUGACAAACGAGAUGUGUUGAAAACCUCGUAGUACAUGAAUAACGAAUGAUAAAUCAACCUAGAUCUUAAUCGAUACAUUGUUUACCAGAGGUUCGAAUCACCACAACAAACCGGCUCACUGAAAACAAGAUCUUCUAGAUACCACAGGCGUUUAGUCGAGGAAAUACUCUCGUGGCAAAAGGGAUCGAGUCUUGAAUGAACUGCCUACCUACCUACGUCCACCUGUGUGUGUAUUGAAUAUAGCUUUACAUCCUAUAAAGAAUGGCUUGGAGUUAAUAAUAUUAAAGGAAAAAGGUGUCUUCAGAUCCCUGUGGUGUAAAAUUUGGACUAUCAUUGAAAAAAGUUGACGGUAAAACGGUACGUACUUUUAUCACGCUGUCACUGGCCAUUAAGAUGAGCUUCUUCAAAGUGAAAAUCCAAGUUUCCUGAACAUCUAUUGUUAAUAUUUUCAGUAGGAAGUCACGGAAUUCAUCAACAGAGAACGAGAAUCGAAUACGAGUUUUUCAAAGGCCUGAAGAACUAAAAGAAAUCAUGUCUUGUUUUUCUCAAAAUAACUAUAUGAGGUUCAACUUGUCUGGACAAGGUGGAAGUGGUUUCGGAUUGGAAACGAUGUGUGUUGAUAAUACAACAACUAGUGACAUUAACAGAGAAACCAAGGGGUUGAGGAUUUUUAGACUUUUUUGUUACUCGAUUGUGUUCAUUGUAGGAACAUGCGGGAAUUCUUUGGUAGUGUGGCUGGUCGUCAAACGUCGACUUAAAGCACGCUAUAACUAUUUCUUGGCUAACUUGGCCGUAGCGGAUUUGGCCGUCGUCAUGAUCAACCUUCCCUUUAGGUUGGCGUACCAAGAGAAUGAUUACCAAUGGCCCUUUGGCUAUGUGUUGUGUAAGAUAAUUCCACCGUUAACUUUCACAUUUACAACAGCGUCUUCUGCCUUCUUGAUGGCAGUUAGCCUCGAAAGAUAUCGCGCUGUGGUUCAUCCACUGAGAAGUAAGGUGACACGUCUUCAACUCAAGUUAGCCGUUAUUUUUAUAUGGGUAUUGUCCUUCUCGGUGACGUUACCUCUUAAUACUUUCAUGACAACGGCGAGUCAACUUGGCAAAACUGUCUGCACAGACACUUGGCCAUCAACGAUGUUUGAGCAACUGUACUUCUCUUUAUUGUUUGUGAUUCAGUUCGCGUUUCCCAUAGUCAUAAUGCUUAUGGUUUACAUGAAGAUUAUUGCCAAGAUGCACAAUAAUCAACUGAGGUCGUGUAAUCACAGGGCUUCUGUUCAUAUUCGACGAAGGAACAAGAGAGUCAUCCGCAUGCUCCUCGUCGUCGUUUUAGCAUAUUUUAUUUGUGUCAUGCCUUACAGUACCUAUCUUGUUGUAUCAGUUUUUGGAAUCGAGAGCCCGAUUUCUGUCAAGAAGUUUUUAGUGUUACUAGCUCUAGCGAAUAGUAUGGUAAACCCUCUACUGUACGGAGCUCUAAACAGACAGUUUCGUAUCGGUUACAUGGAUGCGAUCUCUGGAAUUAGGCGAUCAUGUUUGGGUGGAAAACGUGAUCCUACACUUUCGUCGAUCUUCAAGCCUGUGCCUGACGAUAACCAUGCUCACAAUAAUCGCAAAAAGAAAUAUGUCGUCCGUGUAAUUAUGCAGUAAAAUGAAAGGAAAAAACAGAUAUUGGAUAUGUCCUUGUGUCUGUCUGUACAUCCUUACUCACAUUCAUUGCCUAGUUUCUUGUCAACAUACCUACUCAACGACAAAAAACUUAAAAAAAUCUCAAGGGUUUGAGGAAAGCUUCCCAUUUAUUUUUUCCCAUUCAACAUCCAAGUGGGAAAGUUUGAUUGAAGCCUAAAGAGCAAAUCAAAACCAAAACCAAAAACAUUUAMAGUGAGAAUAUUUGGCAUUGUAUUUGAACUCACUGAAGUCUGUACCUCUAAAGACAUUGUAAAUAAUUCGUAUAUGUUGCUACUCCGAGGACUGAAAGCUUGAGCGAUGUGGCCAAUUUGAUUCAAAUGUAAACAUCUAUCAAUUAUUUAAUUAAGCUUCUCGUUUUUUUCCCCCAAUUUGUUUUGAUUUUAUUUAAAUACAAGUCUGGAAUACACUUGUAAGACACAAUACAUUCAUUGGAAAAAAUGGAAGCAAUAUCGAAUAGAUUUACAGUGAAAUAAAUACAAUAUGCAUUGCUCUAGUCUAGCCUAAGAAGCUAGAAUACUUUUCAUCCAAACUGAUUUUUAUCGCGCUCACUACUUAGUACAUACCUUAUUAAUAAUGCUAGUUCAUCAAUCUGGGAUCAAAAAAGACAUUAUUACUCUAGAAACUAUUUAGUAAGUCUCUAUUUUGUAUUUUGCCUGCACUGUCAUUUACUAAUCUAUAGUCAUAAAUAUUACCUGUCAUUGUUCUUGUGAUUACUGUAGGUCAGUAAAUCCUAAAAUCAGUAUUUGACUGUUACAUUUGGAAUUUCACUUUCAUCG